UGACUGCAGUGAUGUUUAUAGUUAACUGUUGGUGAGCAAUAUUCUCUUACCAGUACGGUGAAGCGUAGCUUGAAGUGAUUAAAGCAAUACUCAUAAGAAAGGUUUUGUUCUGAGGCUUGUGCACUUUUAUUAUAAAAAAUAUGCUGUCAGGAAAUUUUUCUCGUUCUGUGAUAGUGAGAGAAUGGUCAUCUCGCCACUGCUUCAUUUCUAUUCCUCGACCAUGGGCUUCCCUUACACUUCCUGUGCCAACACCUACAUUUACCCUGGAUUUAUCAGAAGAACGAAGUUUACUUUUGUCUUGGGCAGGAGAUAUGCACAAUCCAAACCCUGGCGAUGAAAAUACAGUUUUAAUAAGCAGAGAAGUUUUACGUAGAAGUGGGGUUAAUGAUGGUGAACUUGGUAUCAUAACCCAGGUUGCAGUGCCACCACCUUGCACUUCUGUUACAGUCUAUGCUGGGUCUUUAGCAGACUGGCAAGACCUAGCCCUUAAUGCUGAAGUUGCUCAGUCUGCUUUUUUGAGUCAAGUGCGUAUCUUAAGUGUAGGACAGUCCCUCCCUUUGUGGUUAGAAGGUGGGGUACAUAUCACACUGACAGUAAACCGUAUUGAUCCUCCUAACAAGUUUGGUGUCCUUCAUACUUUGACCCAGGUAGAAAUCCUUCCACCCAUUGAGCAUGAAGAAUUGGAAGAAUUUUAUCCAAUUACUUACAUUCCAUCAGAAUCAGAAUUUAUUAAAAAAGAAAAAUCUGAAGAUGAGCCACUAGAUUCAAGUAGACCAAACCAGCUGUAUUACAAUAAUGGUAAAACAGAUGAAAAAGAAUUCAAGAAUUUUGAUCAUCCCAUUGAAUCACUGAUGAAAUACAUGUCAUUCCGUUUACAGCAGGCAAGUGUUACGUCUGAGUUUACCCUGAAGAAAGAUUUUACAUAUGGUUACCGAGUGCUACCUGUACCUUUGUCCUAUGAUUUUUAUUUGAAAGAAAUAGUUAUUAACCAUCCAUCCCUUAUUGUAAUAAGUAAACAAAGUCUUGUUCAUGUUGAGCAUCAAAGUAAGAUUAGUUUCAUUGCUAGGGUAAAGAAAAUUGACUCUCCAAUGGAAAAGGCAGAGAAAGCUGCUCUUAUUCGGGAAGAUGACAGAGCAGAAAAUAAACAGCAAGUAGGCAGUAUUGCCAACUCUGAAACAUCUGAUAGAUUAUGUACUGUCAUAGUUUGGGAAAACUUGAUUGAGAAGAAAGGUGAAAGCUCAGAUUUCACUGUUUUGAGAACUCUUGCCAAAGGAAAUUCAUGCAUAGUGUCAGAUGGUCUUAGAAGGUUGCUGAAGCUGGAGAGUUUAAGUACAAUAGAGUUGAGUAGCCAUGAUGAUAAUGUUAAAACCACGCCUGUUGCCAUUGAUUUUUCACCUGUAAGAACAGACACUGAAGUCAGUAUUAGAAUUGUGCAUGAUACUUUGAAGGGAUUGUUCAGGGACCUUGUUGAUAUUUGCUGUGUAGUCAUUAAUGCAGUUACACUGGUUAGUGUGAAAGUAGCAGGUAAAACGUUAGAUGUAUUUGUUACCACAAGAAAUGGAGUACCUUUGAAACUCAGCAAGGAAUCUGUAGUGCUCUUAGAAAUGACUCAUGUGGCUGAUCCACUGAAUAUACCUCACAUUCCUAGCAGUAUAGCUGAUGUUGACAUCAAAGUCUCAGCAAAAUUCCAGUACCUUGGGAGUGAAACAGUUCUUUCUGAACUACAGCAACACAUUCUAGUUGGUGUAGGAUAUCUUGUGCAGCAGUACAAGGGUGUUCCUCAAUUUGCUUUGUUGCAUGGAAGUAAGGGUUCUGGAAAGACAAGUCUGCUAGAAACUGUUGCUCAAAAUCUUUCUAGUUUUCCAUAUUACUUUCAUUUUCAAAUUGUCAGUUUGAAGCAAUACAAAGGGAAAAAGAUGGAGACUGUAGAAAAAAAGCUGCUGCUAGUUUUUCGAGAAGCAGUUUUUCGAAGACCGUCUGUCAUUGUGUUAGACGACCUGGAUUCAUUGGUACCUUCAAAGGGAAUAGAAGAACAAAAUUUUGGACCUUUGUAUGAUCAUAUCAUGCAGAUGGUUAAUAUGCUAAAAGGUCUUUUGGAUGAUUUGCUACAAUUUUGUUUUGAAGAUGAUGACCUGUUUCCAAGUGACAACCUUAAAAAAGGAAGCGUGAUGAUAAUAGCAACAUCAUUACUUAGGAAUAGCGUGCAUCCUCUUCUUGUUAAUCCUCAAGGUUGUCACUAUUUCCCAUGCUCAUUUUCGAUUCCUCCAUUAGAACCAGAGGAACGGGUGAAGGCACUUAAUAUCAUGUUACAAGAUUGUCAUCAGAAGGGUAAAUCGCAGGGAUUAGUACUGUCACAUGAUUGUGUAGCAAAUGAUAUAGAAUUGGAAAGGAAUGGAAGUGAAAGUGAAAAUUUUGGAAUUUUUAACAAUAUUGGAACCAGUCUAGCUAUGAAACAUACUGAAAAUUUUGUACUGCCAGAUAUUAGUCAUCUUGCUCUCAGAACAUAUUUACAAGCACGGUACAGAUGGAAGAAAAAUUUCAAACAGCUGAAGUGUUGUGUUAGAUGUGGCAAUGUUAUUGUAAAUGGUGAUCAAAGUACUAUAAACUCAAAGUUAAAUUUGGCCAUAGCUGAAAACACAGAUCAUAAAGGAGCCCUACUGAUUAACAAUGAAGACUUAAAAGCGGCCCGCGAGGGAUAUGUUCCUUUAGCUUUAAGAGGUCUUGAAUUAUCACCUAAAGAAACUGGAACUGCUGUCAUGAAGGUUGGUGGAUUGGCAGAAGCAAACAGGACACUGAAAGAAAUGCUGAUGUGGCCAUCUUCUUAUCCAAACUUAUUCAGCAAAAUCAAAUUGAGACUUAGAUCUGGAGUCCUGCUGUAUGGCCCUCCUGGUUGUGGAAAAACACUUAUUGCAAAUUCUGUUGCCAAGAAUUGUCAGCUGAAUUUCAUUUCUGUAAAAGGCCCUGAACUGCUUUCCAAGUAUAUAGGAGCCAGUGAACAAGCUGUUAGAGAUGCCUUUGAAAGAGCAUCCAGUGCCAAACCCUGCAUCUUGUUUUUUGAUGAAUUUGAAUCCAUAGCUCCACGACGUGGCCAUGAUAGCACUGGUGUAACAGACAGAGUUGUGAACCAGUUAUUAACUCAAAUGGAUGGUGUAGAAGGACUCACUGGGGUUUACAUUUUAGCAGCCACAUCUAGACCAGACUUGAUAGAUCCAGCUCUUCUUCGACCAGGUCGCCUUGAUAAGUGUGUUUUUUGCCCUAUGCCUACUCUCUCAGACAGAGAAGAAAUUUUAAAAAUCCUCAGUGAAGCUGUUGAGCUCGGAGAAGAAAUUGACUGGACAGAAUUUGCAAAGGCUACUGAAAACUAUUCAGGAGCAGAUUUGCAAAGUCUUCUAGCUACAGCACAAAUUUUAGUGGCUCAAGAGGCUUUAGGAGAAGCCUUAUAUGAAGGAGUGAUACAGCCAGACAGGACACAAGAUCAUGAAAGAAAUCGAAUAAUUUUUUAUGAAGAAAACCCAGAGGAGCCACUAGGACCCUCUGUUGAAAAAGAAUUACAACAAAUUGUAUUAGAGAAGGAAAAAUGCAGAUAUAUUCAUGAUGAUGUUCAAGACAGUGAUGAAAAUAUAAAAUAUUCAGAAAGCAGUUUCCUUGGCAAAGUUAGUGAGGAACCAGAAAAACAGGCAUUUAAAGUUUACAGAAGGCAUCUUGAAAUUGCCCUCAAGGAAGUUAAGCCGUCUGUCACAGUUGUAGAAAGACAAAAAUAUGAGCAAUUAUAUUCAAGUUUUAGUAAGUCACGGGAAGGAAAUUUUGGGAAACACUCUCCAGGGAAGAGAGCUACAUUGGCAUGAAAUCAUUACUUCAAAUUUUUAUGUACAAUGAAGGGGACAAUUAAAGGCUUACUAUUGUUAUAA